AUGGUCAUGUAGGUUCCCCCAAGCAUUGGAGUGACGCCGACUUCGCUCAGACAGCUUUCUGUGAGCAGGCUCAAAGAUCCCUCCAAGAAAUACCGCAAGUUCACGCCAUUGAACAUCCCCGACCGACAAUGGCCGUCGAAGAGCCUCGACAAGGUGCCGCGAUGGCUGGCUACCGACCUGCGCGACGGCAACCAAUCCCUCGUGGACCCCAUGGACGGCGAGCAGAAAUGGAGAUAUUUCCAGAUGCUGGUGAAGUUGGGCUACAAGGAGAUUGAGAUCGCAUUCCCGUCGUCGGGAAACACGGACUGGGACUUCACGAGGCGAUUGGUGACAACGCCCGGCGUGGUGCCGGACGACGUCUGGCUGCAGGUCUUGUCGCCGUGCAGGAAAGAGCUGAUUCGGAGGACGGUGGACAGUCUGAAGGGCGCGAAGAAGGCGAUCCUGCACCUCUACUUGGCCACGAGCCCCUGUUUCCAGCAGAUUGUCUUUGGCAUGAACAACCAGGAGUGCAAAGAUCUCGCGGUGGAGUGCACCAGGUAUGCGCGGUCGAUCACCAAGGACGACCCGAGUUCGGGCGUCGAAGAGUGGGCAUACGAGUUCUCGCCAGAGACCUUCUCCGACUCGGAUCCAGACUUUGUGGUCGAGAUCUGUGAGGCUGUCAAGGCUGCGUGGGAGCCGAGCGAGUCGAACCCGAUCAUCUUCAACUUGCCGGCCACGGUGGAGAUGGCGACGCCGAACGUGUACGCAGAUCAGAUUGAAUUCUUCUGCCGGAACAUUACGGAGCGCGAGAAGAUCUCCGUUUCUCUGCACCCUCACAACGACAGAGGAUGCGCGGUCGCCGCGGCCGAAUUGGCGCAGAUGGCUGGUGCGGACCGUGUCGAGGGCACUCUGUUCGGGAACGGUGAGAGGACGGGCAAUGUCGACCUGGUCACUCUCGGACUCAACUUGUACACACAAGGCAUUCAUCCAGGCAUCGACUUCUCCGACAUCAACAGCAUCAUUGACAUUGUCGAGAAGAGCAACAAGAUUCCCGUCCACCCGCGUGCGCCAUAUGGAGGUUCCCUGGUCACAUGUGCAUUCUCCGGCUCUCAUCAAGAUGCAAUCAAGAAGGGAUUUACCGCAAGAGAUGCCGCUCGUGCUGGACCAGAGGAUCCCUGGACCAUGCCCUAUCUGCCCCUGGACCCGCAGGAUAUCGGAAGAACCUACGAAGCGGUUAUCCGCGUCAACAGCCAGUCUGGGAAGGGCGGUGUUGCCUGGAUCAUCAAACGGACGCUGGAGCUCGAUCUGCCGCGGGGCCUGCAGGUGGCCUUCUCCAACAUUGUGCAGCGGGAGACCGACAUGCUCGGCCGCGAGAUGCUUGCGCAUGAAAUCCGGGAUCUUUUCGUGGAUGCUUACCACUUGCAAAAGAACCCACGCUUCGUCCUGGUCGACUACGACAUCACGACCGACCGGUCGGCGUCGCCCGCGCCCCCCGAAAAGGGUAAGACGGCCUCCAACAAGAAUCUGCGACGGAAGUUCAAGGGUGUCGUCGAAAUAGACGGCCACGAACACCCCAUUGAAGGCGUUGGCAACGGAGCUCUGUCAGCUCUCGCGAAUGCGUUGAAGAACCUGGGCAUUGACCUUGAUAUUGCGGACUACAAGGAGCAUGCCAUUGAGCGACAGGUCGGCAAAGGCCGCGAUACCCAGGCUGCCACGUACAUCGAGUGCACCGCCGCGGGCUCACAUCAGAAGGUCUGGGGUGUGGGCAUCCACGAAGACGUGGUGCAAUCAUCUCUCUUCGCUCUGCUGAGUGCCGCUUCAUCGGUAAGUCUCUCAUCCGCGUUGUUCCCUCCACUCGUCCGUUGUCCAUCGAUGCAUCAGCAGCAUCCCCCAUCCGCGCACGCACGGCAACCGAACGUCCAUUGUGCAUCGUCUUGGAGGCGGAUAGAGUUGGACUAAUCAUGAUUUUUGGUGGCGCAGUUCUUGUCCUCGAGACCCUCGACACCCGUCCCGCUCCGAGCCAGUCGACGGAAUACCCAGAACCUGGACGUCGGAUCGGAUGCUCCUCCUCCUCCUUCAGACCUGUCGCACGAGGGGCAGAAGCUGAACGGUGCGCCGGCGAGCCACGCGCCCGAUGCAGGUAGCCAGAUCGUGGCCAACCUCGAGGCGCAGGUCAUCAAUGGCGACAGCCAACAAAAAAAGUAG